CGCGCCGAGGGGAGCAGGCGCUGUGCGGAGCCGCCGCCGCCGCCGCCGCCGCCUGGUGCGGGCGGCACGGAGGGAGCCGAGCCGCGCGCGGGGCUGCGCGGGCCCGCCGCGCCGGGGAGCGGCCGCCAGUUUUCAAAGUCUUGUUAAUGUGAUGGCCUAAACUAGUAAAGCACUUGGAUCACACCAUGGAUAUCAGCAAUGGUGAUUGAUAUUAUUUCAGUGGCACAGAGUCUGCUGUAUGAAAUGCCACAAGUUUAUAUUUCUUCUAGCAUUGCAAUGGUUUCCCAAUGAGUGGAUCAGGAUGAACAUACUUUAGGGGACUCGCCAUAGUAUGGCUGCUUCUCGAUCUACUCGUGUGACAAGAUCUACAGUGGGUUUAAAUGGUUUGGAUGAAAACUUUUGUGGUAGAACAUUAAGGAACCGCAGUAUCGCUCACCCAGAGGAGGUUUCACCCCAUCCUCAGAUCCGAUCCAGGUCACCAAAGAAGAGGCCAGAGUCUGUGCAAACUCAGAAGGGCAGCAACGGUGGGAGAACUACUGAUCUGAAACAACAGAGCGCUCGGGAAUCGUGGGUGAGCCCCAGGAAGAGAGGGCUGUCUGCUUCGGAGAAGGAUAAUGUUGACAAACAGACUGUGGAGAACAGCGAUAAAAAGCCAGCAGAGCCUGUCUCACCGGUCCUGAAGAGAAUUAAGCGCUGCCUGCGCUCCGAGGCACCCAACAGCUCCGAGGAAGACUUGCCUCCCAAAGCAGAGAAGGAGUCAUUGGAGCACAAGAGCUUGGUGUCGGACAAUGACGCGGCCCCCGCGGGGACUAAGCGAGCUUGCCGGUGUCUUCUACUGGAUGAUUGUGAGAAAAGGGAAGUUAAAAAGGUGAAUGUCUGUGCAGAAGGGUUUAAUAACUCUGCAGUCGUCGAAGAGGUUGCGGGUUAUCAGACUGUCAAUGGAGUUGGAGAGAGAGACUCCAAUUCUCUGAACUGUGAUGACUGUCAGCUCGACGGGAGCGCGAAGCAGAACACUGCUGGUUCCCGCCCGCCCAAGGACAAAACAGUAGCAGAAAAUGGAAACUCAUUUGCCCCUUCUUCGUUGUUGCUCAACAGCAGCAAAGAGGACAGCGUUGUAGACCAUUAUGUGCCUUGCACAAACUCCCAAGAACAGGUAAAGUUAGAGGACCACAAACUAAUAAAUGACUGCUCGCCUGAGGAGCGUGGUAGUCAGGCGUACGAGCCAGCUCCGGGGUCCUUUUCUGAACUCCAGCCAUCUUUGUUAAGGGAUUCGGAGGAGGAGGUGGAUGUUGUAGGAGAUAGUAGUGCCUCUAAGGAACAGUGUGCUGAAAACACCAAUAGCAACCCCAGUGCUCAGCAUGACAGUGCAUCAAUCUCAGGGGAACCUGAAGCACAUCCUGCAGUGCUGAACUGUGUCCCAGCCCCAGUGACGUCGAUGUUGGAACUCCAAGAACACAGAUACACGCUGAGAACUUCCCCGCGAAGGGCUGCCCCUGCCAGAAGCAGCCCCACUAAAAAUAACUCCCCCUGUAGAGAAAACGGACAGGUCGAGGAGAAUAAUCUUAGUCCUACUGAAAAGAGUGUCCCUGUAGGUAUUAAUAAUAAUAAUAAUAUCAAUGGAUCUCCCAAAAAGUCCGAAGAAAUUAAACAGAAUGAAAAAGAGAGGAAUUGUAAUGCGGGGGAUCAUGGGAGUGAUGGACUAAGAAAGCCACUUUCUGAGACUAGGCUUGUUGCUGGAUAUGUUCCAUCUGCCAAAGAGAGUGCCAACAUCCACACUGCAGAGGAGGAUGAGGAAGAGCCUGAUGUGUAUUACUUUGAAUCAGAUCAUGUGGCAUUGAAACACAACAAAGAUUAUCAGAGACUGUUACAGACGAUUGCUGUACUCGAGGCUCAACGGACUCAAGCAGUUCAAGACCUUGAAAGUUUAGGCAGACACCAGAGAGAAGCACUGAAAGAUCCUAUUGGAUUUGUGGAAAGACUCCAGAAGAAGGUUGAUAUGGGUCUUCCAUAUCCUCAGAGAGUCGUUCAGCUCCCUGAGAUCUCCUGGGACCAAUACACCACUAGCCUUGGGAACUUUGAGAGAGAAUUCAAGAACCGAAAACGUAACAGUAGGAGAGUGAAGCUGAUUUUUGACAAAGGUAUACCUGCAAGACCAAAAAGUCCUUUGGAUCCCAAGAAGGAUGGAGAGUCUGUGUCAUACUCUGUCUUGCCUUUAAGUGAUGGUCCAGAAGGUUCUACCAACAGUCGUCCACAGAUGAUAAGAGGGCGACUUUGUGAUGAGACCAAACCUGAAACUUUUAACCAGCUGUGGACUGUAGAGGAACAGAAAAAACUUGAGCAGUUGCUUUUGAAGUAUCCACCAGAGGAAGUGGAGUCCCGACGGUGGCAGAAAAUAGCUGAUGAACUGGGAAACAGAACAGCAAAGCAGGUUGCCAGUAGAGUACAAAAAUAUUUUAUUAAACUGACUAAAGCUGGUAUUCCAGUUCCGGGAAGAACUCCAAACUUAUAUUUAUAUUCCAAAAAGUCAUCAAGUAGACGGCAACAUCCUUUAAAUAAACAUCUUUUCAAACCUUCAACCUUCAUGACAUCCCAUGAACCUCCCGUUUAUAUGGAUGAGGAUGAUGACAGAUGCAGCUUUCACAGCCAUAUGGACACUGCAGCAGAAGAGGAAGUAUCGGAUGAAGAGAGUAUUCCAGUAACAUACCGAGAGUUACCCGAGUACAAAGAACUGUUAGAGUUUAAAAAAUUGAAGAAACAGAAACUCCAGCAGAUGCAUGCAGAGAGUGGGUUUGUGCAGCACGUGGGAUUCAAGUGCGACAACUGCGGCAUCGAACCCAUCCAGGGUGUCCGGUGGCACUGCCAGGACUGCCCUCAGGAAAUGUCCCUGGAUUUCUGUGAUUCCUGUUCUGACUGUCUGCAUGAAACAGAGAUUCAUAAGGAAGAUCACCAGUUAGAACCUAUUUACAGAGCAGAGACAUUUUUAGACAGAGACUACUGCAUGUCCCAGGGCACCAGUUACAAUUAUCUUGACCCAAACUACUUUCCAGCAAAUAGAUGACAUGGGAAGCAGAUCUACCAGCUUGGGUUUACUGUCCUCUUUGAAUAAAUAACAAUGGCACCAUUGUUAAUUCCGUGCACAUUUUGGAAAGACUCUGCUUUCCCUGAAAUGUCACUCACAGCAUGACAGCUUCCUGGGUGUACUUGUCAAACUACAGCUUCGAGCUGUCAUGGUUCUAGAUCACUGAACAGCAGCUGAACAUUCCUAGUGUGCAGAAGGUUUCACUGGGAGACUUUUCUCACCACAUUAGACACUUUUAGGUGGUGAAUCUAAACAAAAGAAAACAAAAACAUUCAAAAGGGUGAGCCAGAAUUGAGAGCACACAUUAAAGAUAGAGUAAAUUCCAAAGGCUUUGAAGAACUCGGUUAUAAUGAGAUCAGAGGAGAUGAAGUAUUUAUAUAAAAACAGUUUAGUAGCUUGCAGUUUUGUUGUGAAAUAGUUUUCAGCACAGUAACUGACUUCUUUAGGCAAGGUUUUAACCAAUGACAGUGUUUGCUUCUAGGCUGUACUCUAAAAAUCCUCACUGUCUCGGCGACGGUUGGUUACAGGCCUUUAUUAAAUCGGAGCUGCUUAAUCAUGUUGACUUUCAAUUUUUUUAAUUUUUUUUUUAAAACCACGAUGAACUCUAUUUACCAACAGUGAAGCACUACAGGGGGCAACUGUGGCAUUGCUUCCUUAACCAGCUCAUGGUGUGUGAAUGUUAUAAAAUUGUCACUCAGAUAUAUUUUUUAAAUGUAAUGUUAUAUAAGAUGAUCAUGUGAUGUGUACAAAAUAUGGUGAAAAGUGCCAGUGCUAGUAACUGUGUAAAGUCUCUAAUACUCGACAUUAACUCCUUUAAAAUAAAAUACACAGCCUUCUGCCUCUGUAUUUGGAGUUGUUAGUGCAACUCAUCAAAGAAAACUGCCUAAUAUAAAUCAUAUAUAUGGUAAUAAUUUUUCCUCUUUUGUAGUCUGCACAAGAUCCAUGAAAGAUUGUAUUUUUAUUACUAUUUAAACAGUGAUUAAAUUUAGCCUGAGCAGUGAGCAAGGGUUCACAUGCAUUCUUUUAUACUGCUGGAUUUUGUUGUGCAUCAUUUAAAACAUUUUGUAUGUUCCUUCUUAUCUGUGUAUACAGUAUGUUCUUAAAUAAUGUUCAAUUGUCAGGAGAACUGUGAGAAAUAAACUAUGUGGAUCCAGUCUGUUUAUAUAUAGAAUGCUUGCUGUGACUUCCUUUCUGUGUAAGUUCUGACUUUUUAACCGAGGUGGGAAACGUUCCGAGGAGCUUUUCCUCCGUCCCACAGCCCUCCCUGUGCCAGCCCUGCAGGAUGCCCAGUGCCCUCCUCUGCUCUCCUGGCACCGGGGCAGGAGGAGCACUGCAGUCCUCACAUCUCACAGACUCCUCUGCCAGCCCACGGCAAAUUCCAGUUUCAGCAGCCUUGGUACACACUGUAUGCCGUUGUCUGAGAGGCUUUGUAAUUAUCUGUGACAUAUUUUACUUAAUAUAUAUUUUUUAUUGAAAUGUAUAGCUCGUGGUUCAGAAACACUUGAUUAUUUUAUAACUGUAAUAAAGACUUCCAGUUGCUUUGAAACUAGAAUACUCAGAGCAAUUAGGUAGAAAACAGACUAAUUUGACUUAAAAAGGUGGCAAUAAGAAGGAUAAUUGGCUGGCUGCACCAUGUCACUAAUUACAGAUGGAUCAGUAUGAAGUUUUGCAAUAACUUUAGGUGUAGCUAUUUUCUGCUUCAGAAAAACAAUAAUUUUUAAGCAUUUAACCUAUUUAGAAGGUAAUACAGUACAGUUACUAAAACAUUGAGCAAGUAGCAUCUGUGAACAUAUUUCACUAUACUUAGAUAAAUUUAAUAAGCCCUAAAGAAAUGUAACACAAAACCUCACAGGAUGUAUUUUAAAUUGGAAGAGAUCCUGCUCUGAGAGGCUCUCUAAUACCACAAAAAUGUGCUUUCCACAUCAUUCGUGGUCUUUACAGGAAACUAGAGUUGGUGAAGGUGUGUUAUCAGGGAGACAAUCUGUGGUAAUACUCAUUUUCUGUUGAUAUCCUGGAAAAAUUACUGGAAUAAAAUAAUGAAAGUACAUUAGAGAAAAGAGUCAUCAGUUUAGGAUAGCUGGGAAAGAACCAAACAUCAUGGUAUCACUGGAAUGAGAUUGGAAGCAGAAGGAUAGUUUCAAGUCUGAAUCACCCAGGAAAGGAGUGUCUUGGAUAAGUCCUCUUUUAUUGAAUAUGUAUAAAUAUUAAUAUUUCCCUCUGCAUGCAUAUACAGCUAUUUUCUCUUGCAGACUUUAUGAACAUAUGCAAAUAGGUAUCUAAUGCACAUACACCAAAUCAAGCAUGGGCUUUUUUUUUUUUUGGGUUUUCCACAGAAAAAAAGAAGCAGAAAGAAGAAAAAUUAAACUGUAUGUUAAAUAAUUUUUAUAAUUAGAUUUUAAACUUCCCCCACCCCCCCAACCAACCAAACAGCAGCUGCUCGUUGCCUUUGUUCCCAUCCUGCACCAAGCACGAGAUCCACACUUUAGAACUUCUGCUGUGAUUAGAAAUCCAGGAAACCUCCCCAGGUGAAUUUGCAACUUCCUGGUAACUCCAGAGUGUUUUACUUUUACCAAACCAAACGACAGCAGCAGCUGCUGGGGGUCAGGGCUCCCUCCCCACCCCGGCCUGGCCGAGCUGAUGUUGUGCUGCCGACGUCGCUGCUCCCUCAGCGCUGGGCUGGAGCUGGAGAAGCACUUCCCAGAGCAUCAGAGGUAAAAUGUAGGCUGUAGAAGGACCCCAGGAAAAGAAGGAACAUCCAGGAUAUGAAGGAUAAGAACAUAUGUAAAACGAGACCCUUAAAAAUAAUCGAAUUAGCAUUUACAGGGCAAAUGCUAAGGAAGAAAAGGAGACAGAAGACUCGGCCCUGACUGGAAAAAGGACAGACUCUGUAAGCAUGCUGAUUUGAGCUAUAUUUUCAAGUCAUGUACUGUGCUUUGAAAAGGAUUAAACCCACAUAUACUGUAACAGAAA